UCAGCAACUUAUAGCGAGACUGCGGAGGGCAUUCUGACACUGGGGGGAACUGACUUGGUACCACUGACAUCUCCAGUGACUCCAAUACAGUGAUCAGUGCUGAUAAAAAGCACUGACACUGUACUAAUGGCACUGGGCAGGAAGUGGUUAACAUGAGGGGCAGUCAAAGGGUUAACUGUGUGCUGUUUCACUGUGUGCUGUGUGUGCUUUACACUGUAAGCGCACUGCUUUGUAUCGCUCUGCUAUGUAGAGCCAUACAAAAACAGCGUGCAGGAGGAGAGAUCUCUGUUGUUUAUACACAGGUCUCUCCCCCCAUCGUAUUACUCGGUAAUCACCGGGUGCCGACGAGUAAU